CCUGACUGUCGUCACUUCCUUUAGUGGACUACGGAGGUGCCUGUAUGAAGCAGUAAAAAAGCAGCGGGCCACGUUUCUGUGAAGGAUGUCUAGUUAGUUUUUGGUCACCGUCAGGACACGGUAACGUUAUCAAACUUGUGAUUGACUUUAUUAACCGCUAACUUGUCGGAAGUCACUGUAGGGGAGGAACUGUUUCCUCGGUGACUUCUGUUGAACCAACUCGUAUUAGCGACCCGCCAAAAGCCACGGAGAGGUUCAGCGAGGAAGUGACCAUUUUGUUUGUCAGCUGCUUUCGAUAUCGUUUAAUCUAAACAUGAGUGGUGGGUUCAACUUCGGCCAAGCCUCGACGGGGUUCACUUUUGGAGCUCAGAAGACGACACCCGCGGCCGCCGGCACCACCUUUGGGAUGACAAGUUCCACACCUGCGGCUUCCGGAGGGGGCUUCUCCUUCGGCACAGCUCCCCAGGCCGCCCCCAACCCCGCCGGCUCUUUCAGCUUUGGCACCCCAGCAAAGAGCACAGCAUCCGGCGGAGGCUUCUCUUUCGGGACCCCCGCCGCCUCCACCACUUUUGGCAUGGGCACGGCUCCUCAGACCACAGCACCGGCCGCGGGGUUAACUUUAGGCUCCGCAGCAGCUCCGGCUUCGGGGUCAGGGUUCACACUGGGCAUGGGCCAGCCCGCACAGACCACCGCUGCCGCCCCUACAGGAGGGGGCUUCGCCUUUGGCACUACGCCUCAAGUUCAACCCCAACCCACAGCGGCACCAGCAGCAGCAGUAGCUCCAACAGUGACGUCCGCGGCAAUGACAGCCCCAGGUGGCCUCUCGUCCUUUGGAGGGUUCAGCUUUGGACAGCCCAAGGUCCAGGUGACCACAGCUGCAGCCCCCGCGGCUGCCCCAGGAGGUGGCUUCAGCUUUGGCACCAGUGCUCCCUCCAACCUCACCAUGAGCAGCCAGCCCCAGCCAGUCUCCACCGCUGCUGCCCCGACAGCUCCAGCCGCAGGAGUUUCCUUUGGGAUUAAGCCAUCGACAACCCCAGCUCCUCCUGCCGCCACACAGGCCACCCUAGCUCCGGGUCCGUCUCUCUUUGCUUCACCUAUCGCCACAGCUGCUGCUCCUGCUACUGCUGCUGCCACUGCUGCUGCAACAACUACUGGCUUUACUUUGGGUGCAGCCCCAGCUCCAUCUCUAGCACCAAGCACUUCGGCUGCAGCUACUGUAUCAGCUGCAGGAGGUCUGCCUUUCAUGAUCAAACCUCUGGGUGCAGCAUCCACCACCUCCACUGCCACCCUCAUCUCUGCUGCCACGACUGCAGCUGCCACAGCAGGCGCUACUUCUGGCUUCACACUGGGGCUCAAGCCUGCAUCGAGCACGCUCGCCGCCACAGCAACCGCCAUAGCCACAACAGUCACUACAACCACAGCCCCCCCAGUGAUGACCUACGCCCAGCUCGAAGGUCUCAUUAACAAGUGGAGUCUGGAGCUGGAGGACCAAGAGAGACACUUCUUACAGCAGGCCACUCAGGUGAACGCCUGGGACCGCAUGCUGGUGGAGAACGGGGAGAAGAUCACAGCCCUGCAUAAGGAGAUGGAGAAGGUGAAGCUGGACCAGAGGAGGCUAAACCAGGAGCUGGACUUCAUCUUGUCCCAGCAGAAGGAGCUGGAGGACUUGCUCUGCCCGCUUGAGGAGUCGGUCAAGGAGCAAAGCGGAACCAUCUACAUGCAGAACGCCGACGAGGAGCGAGAGAGAACGUACAAGCUGGCAGAGAAUGUGGACGCACAGCUGAAGAGGAUGUCGCAGGACCUGAAGGAGAUCAUCGAGCACCUGAACACAUCCAGCGGCCCUGCAGAUACCAGCGACCCACUGCAGCAGAUCUGUAAGAUUCUCAACACCCACAUGGAUUCACUUCAGUGGAUCGACCAGAACUCAGUUCUCCUGCAGAGAAGAGUGGAGGAAGUGUCCAAACUGUGUGACAACCAGCGCAAGGAGCAGGAGAAAACCUUCCGCUUAACAUUUGACUGAUGUGGCAUAAAUCUGUUGACAUGUAUAUUGACAUAAUGCUAACUUUGGAUUUUGUUGUUUUCUAGUAGUCGUUAAGAGGAAAGGGGUGUCUCUUUGGAUACACAACCAAAACAUUCAUCACAACCACAGUCUGCUGUUUAUCUCAGCUGUUUUGAGUUGAUGAGGGUUUCAUAAAGAGUGAUAUUUUCAAUGCAAUGGCUUUUUUAUACAGUAGUGAAAAUGAUCAUCUGUUCCUAUGUAAAUGCUAUGCUUGUUAAAUAGUAUGAAUAAAUAAAUAAAUCUCUUGGAUGAGGCUUUGUAAGCAGA